AUGGCCAUGCCCAUACCAAAUGCCUCACAACUCACAUCUUCGCAAACAGUGCUCAGCAUACUCCCACUGCCUGGAUUCACCCAAACAAUCCUUGGCGACCACUGGUUGGCAAGCGGGCCGCUGAGAUUGCGCCCCACACGAUGGCUGGGAUCUCUGCCCUCAUUGGCUAACAUUCCUGGCUUCUGUCCCGCGGAAGAGGGCAAUAUCAGAUUGCGCCGUAUGGGGGCGCCCGGUCUAGGUCUGUCCAAAAGUGUACGCACCGUACGGGCAUCGUACGGACUGGUUGAUGUACUGUACUAUGUGUACUGCGUAUUGUACUGUACGAUCCAGUUGCCGACGGUUACGAGAAUUACGUACCCAGGCGCCUGGUCUCCUGACGAAUCCGGCCUCGUACUACGAUCGUGA